AGGCAAACAGAACUACCUAUGUAUUUAUCAUAUAGAAAAAACCCGCUAAGGUCACGGUUAAACACACAAACACCGGCUAUAUACACGAUUUUAUCAAAGUUCAAAGUAUGGGACACAGUAGAUAAAGCAAAAAUGGAUCUGUGUUGAAAUAUUUGAGAUAUUUUGCAACAUGAAACUAAAACAUUUUGGAAUAUCAUUUGGUAGUGUAAAGUGAAUGUCACAUAAUAUGUAUGCGAACGCAAUUGUUUAUAUUUGGCAACAAUUGGCGUGCUGUUUAUUGACAAAAAUUUAAGAUUAUAGUUAUAUCACCACAUAAACGGUUGUAAACACGCAUCUGGUGAAGAUAUCAGUUUGUGUCGGUCAGUUCAGGAAUAAGGAUAAAUAAACAUGUUCAAGGCGAUAGGACGGUGGGGAUCGCAAGUCCGAUCCAGUAUAAACCUUCGCAUUUUUUCUAACAUUUUUGGUUCAAAGUCUAAGAAAUACGGCGAUCUUGAUAAUGAAGAUGAGGAAAUAUUUAUUGACGCGCAAGAGGAAAUAGUUCAUGAAUCGGACACUGAAGAGGAAAGAGUACCACCGCAGAUUACUGAAAUCAAAAGUGAAAGCGAUGACUCAAAACGUGACAAAGUUGACGGCAAUUUAGAAGUGGAACAUAAUGAUGUAAAGACUUUAGAAACACAGGAUAUUAUCAGUGAACAAAUCACAACUCAAGUAGAAGUAGUUGAAAGAAAAGAAACAGAAGAAAUCUUUAACACGGAACAGAAUGAGUCAAAUGCUGAACAACCUUCUAGUCACAAAGAAGCUGAAAAAGAAAACACCAGUUGUGAAAGCAGUGAUGACAAUAGUGACACUGAACAGGAGGACGAUGACGAUGAUGAUCAUCAUAUAAACCAUAAAGACACAAAACAAAUGAUGAAAAACUCAAAACAAAACAACGGUAUAGCGCAAAGUGCGAGCAGCUCUUCGAUGAUUCAGAAGGUUCACAGACGUAUGAACAGUUACUCACAAAGGCAGUAUGCUAAAUUUGAUAAUUCUCAGGACGAUGAAAACGAUGGUGAAAUUCAUUCAACAGGAGAUUCUUCACAUGAUAAAGUGGACUCUCACGUUGUCGACGAUAAUUUAGAAAGUGCACAAGUUAUUAAAUCUGAAAAGAAAUCCAAAAGAAAGAAAAAGGUUAGGAGAAGAAUUGUACAUAUUUCUCGCCGUACAUUGAAAGUACUUCGUCGAGCCUUCUAUAUAACAGGAGUGCCCUUGACUGGGCCUCUCCCAGCUGAUUUGGACAACAUCUUCUAUGAUAGUUUAAGAAGAUCUGAUUCCAGAUACAGCCGAUAUGGAUCGCCAAGCGGACUAGAAAAGCAGUGAGGGGAUCCUGGAAAUGGUUUCGGCGGUCAAUGGUGGCGUAUGCAUACACAUUCAACUUCUCGUCCAUGUUUAUCGUCAAUAUCGCAUCUGCUGCGAAAAAGUGAAACUCUGCAAUUCAUUUACUAAAUGGUGCUUCAGACUGCAUAGCGUUAUUUGUAGCAGAUAUUUUUGAACUCAUGCGGCUAAGAAAUCCUAUUACUGUACAUGAAUUUUUAGGAAGGUCCUGUCUCUGGCGAUUAAGAAAUCCAAUGUAUUUUUAUAUACAUUUUUAGUUAGGAACGGUUCUAUUAUUUGACGAGAAUAAAGAAAUCCAACGAUAUGGUGAUAAAUUUAUAUUGAUGAUAAACACAUACAAGCGAUAUUAAGAAAUCCAUUCUGGCAACAACAUAUAUGGUAUAACCAAGAAUGACAACAUCGCACUAUUUCAGUAUUUUACACACAGUUAGGAAGGGUCCUUACUAAAGCGGUUAAGAAAAUCAAAUUGCAUAUUCGCGAUAUAUUGUAUUUUACUAUAUCUACUUUGUUAUGGAAGGUCCUAUCUAAGGUCAUCAGGAAAUUAAUUGUGACAAGGGGUUAUUUUAAUGUAAUACUUACAUUUAUAAGUUCAUGCAAUAAAGGAAUCCACUAAGAAUUGGUGCUGUGGAAUUUGUCAGGACAUAGUGGUAUAUAUAUACUUGUUAGAAAUGGUCCUAUCUCAGGUUAUUAAGACAAUAGUAUUAAACUUUACUCUGCUAAAGUUCUAAAUGAACUGGUCCAUCAUUCAAUUUGGGUAGUAUCAUUUUUUAUUUGAAGGUGUGUUCAGUGAAAUUUACAGACUGAAUUGCGAAAAAUGCAGCUGGUCGCAUUGCCGCCAGAAGGCUAAAGAUUAAAAUAUUUAAGUUACGAUUUUUCUCCGAAACGGUUAUUGUGCUAAUACAAAAAAAGUUAUGAAGAAACUUUUUUUUUCAUGUUUCCUUGAAGAAAAUUCCCGUCUUAUUACUGAAUAAAUUUCGCUUUUGACGGAUUUACUAGGACGUUCAAAACAGUUUUACUCGUAGUAAAUAAAACAAUCUUACGCGCGCAUUACAGCCAAAUAUCACGAAAGCCGAAUAUCUACUUUCCCCGAGAACAAAGUUAUUGGGACCUCAGCAAGUAAAAGUCAGACUAUAUAAUCAUGAAUAGUGUUGCGCGUUGAGCAUGAACCCACGAGAUUUACAUGUACACAUGUAUUUAAAAAACAAGAUGAACAUUCUGACCAACUUUCAUAAAGAUCCCAUGAAAAAUGUGACCUCUAGAGUGGUCACAAGCAAAAGUUUACGCACGGACGGACGCACGGACGGACGACGGACGACGGACGCCACGCGAUCACAAAAGCUCACCUUGUCACUUUGUGACAGGUGAGCUAAAAACAACAUAUUUUUGUUCUCUUGCCAUUUAAUACCUAUACUUCUAAAAUUUUAUGUCUAUGUAGUUAGUGUUCAUACAUUUAUGUGCAUAAUAUACCAUUCAAUAAACGUCUUUUGUCGUAUUCUUUCUUGUAUGCGGGCAUUAACAUAAAUA